AUGUCGGCAGAGAGUCCGGGCCCGAAAGGGGGCUUUCGAUCUCUAUUCACCAACGCCCUGCGGUCCAAGAAAUCCCGCCAAACCCUCCGGAAGGGCAGUCGCUCUACGACCGACCUGCGGCUGGCCGCAUGUCCCAGCGCCGAUGAACCACCUCCGAUGCCCGAUCUCGCGCCCUUACAGGUGCACCGGGAAAAAUAUAAGCAGAUGCAUGCGAAUGUCGACACGCAAUUGGGCGAGCGUCACGAUUUCACGACCAUGAUCCACUCUCUUGGCUUGUUGGAUCCGGUUGAUAGCUAUGGGCCUACCGGGGAGCUUGAGGACCGUCGAGAACCUGGAGAGGGGGAUAUUUCCAAGUUGCCAUCGCGACUGUGGGCGCUUAUUGCUUGGUACUUGGAUCCGGCUGAUGCGGCUAGCUUGGCAAUUGCGACGAUUACACUGUACCGCCGUCUGGGACCGCGGUACUUCCUCUCGCUGGAUGCGUCGCAGAAAUUCCAUUAUAAAAUUGACUUCUUGGCGAGACUUGAUCAGUCACUGCCGCAUCAUUUACUUUGUUUCCCUUGUGCUCGGUAUCAUCGCCGUAUACAGGAAGGACAGGAACGCAUGAGGCCGGCCCACGUUAUCAACCCGUUGUUCAACUGCGCCAAUGCGUUCAACGCGCUUAAUCCAGCGCCACGACACCGCAUUACGCACGGCCGAAUGCUCCCAUAUUCCUUUGUCCAGCUCGUCAUGCGUGCACAUCGGUUCGGGCCGAGAUAUGGAAUCCCUGUCGAGGACAUGGGUAGACGUUGGAAACGGGAUGACUGGUCGUUCAGCUCACGAUUCCACAUUCAUGAAGGACGGCUGAUGAUGCGGGUAACUAGCCAGGCAUUUGCGCCGGCCGACCUGCCUGCAUCAGCACAACGAAUGCUCCUCUUCUCACGCGAAGACUACUGGCCCUAUUUCUCUGCUUGCGCACAUUGGCGGGACGGCGAACUCAUGCCUGCCUGUAAGUGCGCGCUAGGCCAUAUCCCCAGAGCACGCGAGACAGGCGGGCUACAGGGCCUCGAACAUAAAGUCAAGGAUCGCUGGACGGGAUCAGGGUUUGAUCCUAAUGCUCUGACUACGCUCUGUGGGUUCUGCAGGCCUAUGCGUCGGUGCCCCGAGUGCCCGACCGAAUAUCUCAUUGAAGUGAAGCUUUCCGAAGACCGCGGUGACUCGCGCCCCGGCGUGUUCAGACAAGCUAUCGUUGUGACACGGUGGAGUGACCUAGGCGAUGGCAUGUCUCCACAGGGCCUGGAGUGGGGAGCCGUGAAUGGGAAACGCGAUGAUUACGACGCUUUCGCUCAUUAUGCUAAGCGUGGAAUCGCGAGUAUCUUUGAGGCGGCAUUUACUGCCGAUGCGCUCCCGGGUCAACGUGUGAUUUCUCUCAAUCCGAAAAAGAAGAAAUUAGGAGAAAAGGGCAAUGAUUGGUAUUAA